AUGGCUCUCAACAAUUUGGUUUCCUUGUUACUAGUCAUGUCAUGCUUAAUUGGUCCUGUUGCUAUGGUUGUGGCACGAGAGUUGCCACCACUUAAGCCCGGACAAGACCUCGCAGCUCAUCUAGAGAGCGGAGGAGGAGGGGGUGGCAUGGUAGAAUGCUGGAAUGCGCUGCUAGAAUUGCGGUCGUGCACCAACGAGAUCAUCCUCUUCUUCAUGGACGGUGAGGCUUAUCUUGGCCUCGAAUGCUGCCGAGCCAUCCGUUUCAUUACUCGUCAGUGCUGGCCCUCGAUGCUUACCAAUCUGGGUUUCACCGCCGAGGAGGGCGACAUUCUCCAAGGCUACUGUGCGUCAUCUCCCUCGCCGUCCCAAUCCCCAGCUCCAUCUCCCUUGUUUUCUGUCCCACCCCCUACUGGUCUUAUUGCUGUCGUUGGUUAA